AUGGAGUGUGGGUGGAACAAGUGCAAAGAAGUCUUUCAAGACCAGAAGGACUUUGCUACGCACGUGAACAAGCACAUACGGGAAACAGAUGCCAGAUCGUGCAUGUGGAAAGACUGCAAAAAAGUGUUUGAAAAGAAAAUAAGCAAAUGCACGCUGCUGACCCACAUACGGGUCCACACGAGGGAGAAGCCUUUCAAGUGCUCUCUCUGUGCUAAGGAGUACAGCCGGUCUGAUGCGCUGAAUAAGCACAUGAAAUCGCACGAGCAAAUAGCAGCGGAUGAGAAUGUGUAUAUAAAGAAGCUGGCAUAUCUCUGUGUUUUGCAGCAGGAGAUAGAAGACAGCAUCCUGCACGCCCAGGAAGAGUACAAAAGGACAAUCGUGGAGAACGAGGUCCUGCUGGACUACAUAUGCAAGAGCAAGAGAGGACCGAAUAACCCGAAUAGAGCACGCCCCCAGCACACGCGCAGCUAA